ACCGGACGUACCCCGGUGAAAUUCUUCCCAGUAAGUGAUCUUUCCCGCCCAGUGUGGCGCAACAGGAUGAGAAGGUUGGAAGGCCUGGGUCAGCGAGAGGAUGACCCUACCCUAGUUGCUACAGUGAAAUACCUUCUCGCACUGGACCAGCUAUACGAGAGCCACCGCUUCGAGUGGAGGGCAAGUAUUCAGAGGGCAGAACAUUCAGAGACCCGGGAAAGAGCUCUGCGGAGACAGUUGCAGCAAGUCCGAGAGCAGGCCGCAGCUGCAGAAAGGCGUGCCGAAGAUAUGACCAAGGCCCUCAUGGAGACCUCCGAGCACUAUGUCAAGGAGCUCAACCAAGCCUACUUGACAUGCCACAGGACGCACGGAGGACCGCACCGCAAGCUCACCCCGAGGAAGAGGACCUUCCACUUGCCUCCUCUUGACAGCGUUCAGCGCUUGGAAUUACCCGGAGUUCCCCUCCUGCCCCCAGGAGUCGCCAGCGCAAUCGCGUCUGGCAGAGUGAUACCCGCACCGGUCGCAGUGCCGCCACCACCUCCACCAGCUCCCGGAGCAGAGCCAGAAGGCCCGAUGUAUGAAGAAGGAUCCGAGGAAGAAGAAGAAGAAGAAGAAGAAGAAGAAGAAGAAGAAGAAGAAGAAGAAGAAGAACCCUUCGAGCGCGAGUUUGUGCGCGACGACAACUCGGAGGAUAGCCAGGAGUCCGUGGGGGAGAACAACAUUGACUUGGAUGGUUACGAGGAGGACAUGGCUAGAACCUUUAGUCAGAUGAACGACUUGGAGCUAGCUAGCCAUGAUGACAUUGACCUCGCAGCAGAGUGGAGUGCAGCCCACCCUUGAAGCCCCCUUCACCAUCAGCAACGGCGCAAUUCAAGAGCGCCAUCAAGAUCAAUGAACCGCCUGCCGACCGCGUGUCAAACUUCCAGUAGUAUGCCCAGUAAUGUAACCCUUGUAUCGUAGUGUAGUAGCGUGUUGUGUUUGUAGCAGAUCCGUGUUGCUUGGAGCCUUAGCUCCAAUGCUCAUGUUGUGCUGAAUCUUGUGUAAUGUAAUGCUAUGUGAUUGAUGUUUGUGCUAAUGAUGUGUGCCUUAGUUAAUCGAGUGCCCUUAAAGAACCCUAGUAGCCUAUGGUCAGCCAUCCCCUCUGGAGCCUUACCUUUCUCCUACCUUCAAGCAGAUGCUGCCUAAAAGGACAGCUCGGAUCCAGCCACGCCAAGGGCGUCAAGCUCGUGAAGGAUAUGAGGCCGCUAGUGAGAUUCAAGUGAGACAUCAACCUAGGGGAAGACCUCGGACCAGAGGAGGAAAUCAGAACCGAGGCGGAUGGGUUAGGCAAGCUCCGCUAUAUCCCCAAGCCCAAAGAAGACUCAUGGAAGAGCUAGACCAUGAUGAAGAAGUGAACCAAGAGCCAGAAGGUUAUGGCCAAAACAACCAACUAAGAGGACAACUGCCACCCCCACCGUCGGUGGAGGAACUCGUGGCUUUGAUGGCAAAUCGGCUGACCGAAGCCAUAGCUCAAGGCAUUCAAGGCAAUCGUGGACAUGGUCAGGGGCCACAACCCAAAAUGACUGAGUUCAUGAGACUGAGACCAGCCACCUUUGACCACACUAAAGAUGACCCUUUGGUAGCAGAUGAUUGGCUAAGGGGCAUAAACAGGAAGCUGGAUGUUGUAAACCCCAGCGACCAUGAAAGAGUUCUUUUGGCAUCACACCAGCUAACAGGAGCAGCCCUAGAAUGGUGGGAAAACUACCAAGAAGCAGUAGAAGAUGCUAGUGCCAUCACAUGGAAGGAAUUCCAGGAGGAAUUUAGGAGGUAUCACAUUCCCGAAGGGAUCAUCGAGAUGAAGGUAGCAGAGUUCCGCGAUUUAAAGCAAGGGUCCAUGACCGUGAAUCAGUACAUUCGCAAGUUCACAAAGCUCUCUCGAUAUGCCCCUGAGGAUGUGAACACAGAUAAGAAGAAGCAGGACCGUUUCAGAAGGGGACUGCAUAGUACCCUGAAGACACACUUGUUCGCAAGUACCUACCCGGACUUCAAUACGAUGAUGAAUCGAGCCAUCAUCGUAGAGGAGGCCAAGACUGAAGGAGACAAUGAUCGGAAGCGCAAGUUUUUGGCACAGAAGCAGAAGCAGCAAGAGAGGUUUGCAAGGCCCAGACCUAGCUACCACCAGAAGCCAAAACACCAACCAACCAUGCAGUAUCGGUCUCAGGGAUAUAACCAACCAGCAAAUUCAGCCUACC